AUUCCCCUCGGCUUGCCUCCAUCUCCUCGUCCGCAUUCACCUCGUCUCCCGCCCUCUGCCGUCCUCCUCUCUUCGCUAGGACCGUCGCCAUCGACCCCUCACAUGUCGCAAUCUUUGCCACCCUCACCCUUGCGGUCCCCACUUCCGAGGACGUCGUACAAAUCGCUGGCCCUCGACAAACGCUUGCAACCGCUCGAGAAGGAUGAGGGACAUCCCAAUCGCGGUGGGGGCAUCAACGGUCACGUAGGCAUGAAUGGUCACGUAGGGAACACCCUCGACGAAGUAGACGAACAGAGCUCCGGCGACGAGAGCGACGACUCGUUCAACAGCGCGCUGGGGAGCCCGUCCAGCGUGCCUAGGACCUCGAGUGUUCCUGGGAGUCCCGCUAGCGCGUCGGGGAGCAUCAGCGGCGAUUCGAGCAGCGACGCGGGCGGUUCGAGCAGCGACUCGGGCGGGGAGGGAAGCGAUUCGGGCGGGGAGGGAAGCGAUCCGGGCGGCGAGGGGAGUGACGCUGGCGAGCAGGAGCACGGCGACCGUCUCAGCGAGCUCAACAGCCCGUCCACACCGAAGCACUCAUCCAUACCGAAGCACUCAUCCACACCGAAGCACUCAUCCAUACCCAAGCACUCUUCCACACCCAAGCACCCGUUCGCGGGCGCGUCGAAGAUCGAGGUGCUGCACGAUCGGGGCGUGAUCGACGUCGAGGAGGAGGUGCGCGCGUAUGCGGCGCUCAGGCGGGCCGCUUCGGAGGACGCCAUGCACGAGCGAUUCUUGGGUCCCUCGCGCGCGAACACCACCUCGAACACAUUCUCCGUCCGCCCCCGCCGACGCCCGCGCUCCCCGUCCCCCGCUCCCACAUCCAUCGUGCUGGCGGACCACAGUGGCGAGUCCGCCGCCUUCGCGCGCGACGUGCGCAUCCCCGGCUGGACCUGCGUGGGCGCCGGCCCCGGCGGGUACGUCGUCUACGAGUGCGUCGUCGCCACGCGCGAGCGGCCCGACUCGUACGCGCAGGCCUCCACGUCCUCCUCGAACACACCCGCCCCGCGGCAGCGCACCACCUCCUUCAUGCCGACCUCCUCCUCCUCCUCCUCCGCCUCCUCUUUCGCUACGUUCGACUCCUCGUCCGCCUCGCUCGCGUCAGCGUCUUCGUCUUCAUCUACCUUCACCUUCACCCCCGCCACGCCCUUCUCCGCCUCCCCCUUCUCCGCCUCCGCCUCCCCCUUCUCCCCCUCCCCCUUCCCCUCCUCCACCCCCUCACCUCGCCCCCCAUCCCACCGGCGCCAAAAAUCCACCCCCGGCCCCACCAUCCGCGUCUACAAGCGCUACUCCGAGUUCGCCGCGCUCGACCACGAGCUCCGGCAGACGCUCCCCAUGGCCGCGCGCGCGCACGUGCCGCCGCUGCCGCCCGCGAACGCGCUCGCGCGCUUCAGGCCGCGGUUUCUGGCGAGUAGGAGGGCGCAGCUGGAGGCGUGGUUGAUGAGGGUCCUCCUUCAUCCCGAUAUCGGCGGCACGCGGGCGGUACGCGAGUGGAUGUGCGUCUGAUCUGCGAAGGUGGGACUAUGGGAUCUAUGGAGCGCAUCAAUGAGCGCAGGGUGCAGGGCUCGCCUGGCGCGGCUCUGUAUGGACAGGACAGCGCGAUGGCAAGGCGCAGGCCAAUACGAUAGUAGGCGCGGUGCCUGCGCACGACGCAGAGGAGGCCCUGUUUCGUCUCAGCGGGUCUACUGCUCUCCUGGUAGAACACGGAGGAGGCAAGUCCGUCUGCGUUGGAGCUGUGAGGCCUUAUGCGUGCACCUUCACUCGAACCUUCGGAUCCUUCGGCCGGUGAGGCACUCGAUGCGCGAUCAGGGAACGCUACGAUUGGGGCUCAGAGUACGGAAUCUGUAACUGUAUGAACGUACAUAUACUGUAUGUGUACUGAGUAUAGCUAUCAUCAUAUAGGAGCUGCCGUCGUCGAUUGUGCACGGAUUAUUGAGAUAUGG